UCUAUCGGACCGCGUAUCGGUUCGUUAAGCAGUGAAUGAAGAGGCAGUGAUCGAACUGUGCCUCCACGAUACUGUUAAUCGUCGUUGUUUACUUAUCGUGAGAAGUGUUUCGUGAGUGAAAUUAAGGUUCGUCUGUGGACAAGCGGUGAAUACGAUGAAUACCGAAGUCGCCAACAGGAAAGCUCCUGACGGCGGUUGGGGGUGGUUCGUCUGUCUCGGCAGCAGCCUAAUCACGCUUUCUUUAAGAUCUUUAGACCCUUCAUUCGGUCUUCUUUUCCAUGAUCCUUUGAAGGAAAUGAAAAUCGACUCCACGGGUGCAACAGUAAUAAUGGGCAUUCUUGAUGCAAUAUUUAAUUUCUCAGGUUUACUAGUAGGACCAUUAUUAAAGAAAUAUUCUUACCGAAAAGUCGCUUUCUUCGGGUCGCUUUUAAGCUGUACUGGGCUAAUAUUAACGUCGACAGCCAACAGUAUGAUACACAUUAUUUGUACUUACAGUAUUUUAGGAGGCUUAGGGACUGGGUUAGCAACCGCAUCAGCUUUCGUUGCGUUGAAUACGUUUUUCGAUAAAAAGAGAGGGCAAGCCGUCGGUUUCUCCAUGGCGGGAACGACCUUAGCUAUGAUGGUUGUACCUCAGUUUAUUCACCUACUCUUAGAAGCUUACGGAUUUCGAGGAGCUACGUUAAUUCUUGGGGGGUCGGCACUGCAUUCCGCUGUCGGUGCUUGUCUGCUACGUCCACUUAAAGUUAAACGUGAAAAAAUUACUAAGAUG